GUACACUUCGACGACGUCAAAUGCUGUACAGGCCUAAUAAUCCUCUGGCAAAAACGUUAAUGGAAAUCGUGAUUUAAGAAAAUUGUAUAUAUAUUUGCGUCAGUGCUGGAUAUUGCAAUUUGUUAAUUUACCAUUAGUGGGUUCUUGGCUGUAGUAAUGUCCAUGUAAUCUCAUCGCAGUUUCUUGAUGAUGGUCGUUUGGCACGCUACAGUACUUUGAUGAUACUCAGUAUCAUAUUGAAAUUUGAUCAUGUUUCUGAGCUUCAGUGGAUGUUGCUGCCUUGCGGCCAUCUUGGUUCUCCUUCAAAAUGAAGUCCAGGGUCUUCCUGACGCCACGAAUGACUCAACUGGUGCACCGCUUUCUCACGACAUUGACUCAAAGGCGAAACGUUUGCCCUGGACCGCUCCACGGAACGGAAGCGCUUCGAUUCUUCUUUCUCAACUCCCACCCUCUGUUCUCGGGUUUCUGAGCCAGUUUCCGGUUCAGAAAGACAUUAUUCAAAGGAUACUGGGAAGAAACAUGGGUCUCCCUGCUGUGUACGAGAUUAUGAAACAGUUACUUCCAUCUACGCGAGCGAUUUUUGAGGCUGGAUUGAAGAACAAUAAUAUUACUGCUGCCUGCAAGUCCGACAUCGGUACUUUUAUUAAUGCAACUACAAAUGGCGAGCUGUGGGCUUUAAGAAUGUUGGACGCUUCGGGGAAAUUACCCCGAGGAUUUCUACAAGGAAAUCUAGACUUUAUGGGGCAAUAUGACGAAUGCCGGGAAACAGUGUCUGUGAUCGUCCAAUCAAAUUCCACUACCAAUCACGUGAUAAGGGGAACCACGUGCAUAGUCUACAUUCAGCUACCUUCAAGUCUUUUCCCUGCUUCGCUACCUCGAUUGCUUGGCGGCAGAGACGUAGAAAUUUCGUUGCAUCUCUGUCUUCCUGACAGCUGUAGGAAAGAUGACGUCAACGAAUUGAUCAAACAAGUUCUUAGAGACGUGAACUUCAUCACGACCAGGGCGUUCUGUCGUGACCAGGAACAACCGGAUUUCUCCAAGGACACAGGAGCCAUCUUCAGUCUUGUUAUUGUGUGCCUACUUCUAGCCUGCGUUGUCCUCGGUUCACUCCUGGACCGAUAUAAACGAUUCUCUCCGCUAAAGGGGAAGAACACAUACAAACAUCCGGAACUUUCCGCUGGAACCACUGUCCAUAAGUCAGCAGCGGGAGGUCUUCAGAAUGGCAGUAUAUCGAAGGUCAAGGUUGACAAAAAGCUUACUUCUAAGUCGGGGACAUUAGAUACCGCUUUUCAGAAUAAAAUUGUAUCAGACGAAACACAAGAGAAAAUACAAAGAGACAAAGAUCAUGGCAGCAAUCACUUCAUCCGUUCUCCGCCUUCAGAAACAUCACCGUCAUCAUCCGCCUCAUCACCAUUAUCACCACCACCACAGUCACCACCACCACUAUCAAAAUCAUCACCGUCACCACCACCACCAUCAUCACCACCACUGUGUGUUUCAGAUGCUCUAUGGCAGAAGCUGUUUCUGUCGUUCUCUGCGUUCAGGAACAGUGAAACGAUUCUGAGCACUCGUGCCGCCAGGGAUUCGAUAGGAGCUAUACACGGCAUCCGGGUCAUCAGCAUCAGCUGGGUCAUUCUGGGGCACACGCUACUCCUUCUAUAUCCUGCUUCCGAAAACCCUCUCACUAUAGCGGAUUACCUCAAGUCGUAUCACUUCCAAGUGAUAAAAAACGCAGGGUUCUCAGUCGAUACUUUCUUCCUUCUAAGCGGUGUCCUGACUGCCUACCUGUUUCUGAAGGAAACCAGCAAGACAUCACGAGUUACCUGCAAACAGAUGGCGCUCUACUACUUCCAUCGCUUCUGCAGUGCUUCGAGAUCAGCUGGUAUCUUAGCAACGACUUGCAGUUUUAUGUUCUCGCGCCAUUGGCUCUCGUUCCACUGACGUAUGGGUUCCGUACGAUUGGAUUCUCUGUUAUUGCGUCAUUCAUCAUGACGCAUGUCGUAAGCACGUUCGCCCUAGUCCUCAAAUAUGACGCCAGUCUCUUGCAUAACUAUGUCGAUUAUUACAACUACGUCUACCUUCGUCCUUAC